GCCGGGGCAGCCGGACGCGGCAGCCGUGCCCGCCAGCCAGGUCUCCGCCGCCGAAUCUUACGCGAGGUGCCGAAUGGACGAAGUUGUCUCCGCUUUGGCAAGCAGCCAAACUUCCGCCGGUGAUGGCGUGACAGACCAGCCUAUCAUCAACGUGUACGUAUGGGACAUGGAUGAAACGCUUAUUCUGCUCAAGUCGCUGCUGGAUGGGUCGUUUGCGGGGCAUUAUGAAGGCCUCAAGGACCAUGAAAAAGGUACUGAGUUAGGGAAGCGUUGGGAGAACAUCAUUCUUGAACUAUGCGAUGGGCACUUCUUCUAUGAGGAGAUCGAGAACUAUAAUGAACCCUAUCUCAAUGCAUUACGUGCAUAUGAUGAUGGGAAAGACUUGACGAAAUAUGGUUUUGAGGCCGACUGCUUUAGUUCUCCUUAUGAUGAUGCGAAUAAAAGGAAGCUUGCCUAUAGGCAUCGUGCUAUUGGAGACAAAUAUGCAAAGGGUUUGGAAAAAAUUCUGGACCACCACAUGUUAAAAGUCUGGAAUGAUUUGUAUAGUUCGACAGAUAAAUAUACUGAUGGUUGGCUUUCUUCAGCUCAUAAGUUGCUGGAAGAAGCACUGGGUAAAUCGACAGCUGAACCUGGUAGCAAACCUUUAGGCAUCAAUCUCAUAGUUACUUCAGGGUCCCUGGUUCCAAGUAUUGCCAAAUGUUUGCUGUAUCGCCUGGAUGACGUGGUCUCAUCUGAUAAUGUCUACAGCUCGUGGGAAGUGGGGAAACUGCAGUGCUUCAAGUGGAUCAAGGAACGCUAUGGCGGUCCUAACGUCCGCUUCUGCGCGGUCGGUGACGGGCACGAAGAGCGCAGCGCGGCAUCCAUAAUGAAGUGGCCCUUUGUCAAGAUUGAGAUCGGCCCCGAUGCUCCUCACAGGUUCCCAGGCCUGAGCCUGUCGACCAUACAUGGUAUCAUGGAUGCCGUGUACCAGCCAUCGAGCAAAGAUGGUUGAUCUUGGAUGCUAAUGGCCCUUCAGAUCUUUCAAUCUAAGGGAACUGUAGUAGAGUGGGAGAUGCUAUAUACAUAGGAGGCAAGCUGGCCUGCCCUUGCCUCGAGAAUCGGGAAGACGCCUGUGCGAUAAAUAAGAGCGUCCGAUUCGCUCCGUCAUGUCGAAGUUAAACCGUGUCCUUAUAGCCUCAUCUUACUGUUAUCCGGGGAAUCAUCCGCUGUUUCAAGUUGUAUAACAGGUUGGUUGUUGUCGCGAGUCUAUAUCUGUGUGCAUUCUCAUUUAAGAUUUGAUUGUGUAUAUGAGGUCUGUUAUCUGGUUUGGCGUAUAGUCCAAUAUAUUACCCUGA